ACUUGCUCACUUCCUCUCACUAGUCGCACACUGACAACCUUAGUACUAGUACUAGGAAGCUUUCCUGUGCAAGAGCAAUGGCGAAGCCGCUGCAGGAGGUGUACUUCGUGUUCAUGAACUUGGACCCCGUCUACGAGCGCCUAAGAGCCGAUCGGUCGAAGCAGGGAUCGGCAACGCUGGACGCGUACCUGAGCCAGAAGCACGAUAAGCUGCUCGCCAAGCUCCUCCCGCCGGACACCUACUGCAAGAAGUCCUCGCUCGCCAUCGUCGAUGGGUUCGCCGUCGAGAUCACUGACGCUCAGGCAACCGUGCUGAGGUCCGCAAAGGAGGUGAGGGUGGUGGAGAAGAACCAGGAGCUUGCCUGAUCAACCAGAUGAUAGAGAGAGGGAGAUGCUUGUACCGAUGCUUUGGCAUCACCUAUAGCUAUGUAGCUAGAGAAGCUUAGUUUACUAAGCCAAAGGAGUUGAUCAGUUGCUACUAUAGUCAACUACUUUUGCGGCGUAAGUGUAUCGGUCCGUGUGUGUCUGUGUGUGUGAUCUCUCAUGGCUUUUGUGUGGACUCUAAUGUCAAGCUCAAGCUUAAUUAGCUGCUAUAAACUACGUACGUGCUAGUACCUAUCAUUGGCCGGAUAUUAUAUGAAGUUCUUCAUCUUACUAGCUAGGGUCUACCGAUAUUCAGAGGAUGACUUUGAAGAUUGAACCUGCAAUGUAAUGGUGGUUAUGAUCGAAUUAAAGGAUUAGUCCAAAA